AUGCGCAGACCGAGGCCGGGAGGCGGGGGUGCGGGCGCCUCCGCGGCUGCGCGGGCGCGUGCUGGUGGCGGUGGCGGCGGCAGCGGCAGUCCGGCCCGCGCCCGCGGCGCCCCCGCUGCGGCCCGAGCGGCCUGGCUGCGGGACUGGAGCGCAGCGAUGGCGCGGCCGCCCCAGCAGCGCCUGCGGGCCUGGGCGCAGCUGCUCUUGCUGCUGCUGGCGGGGCCCGCUGCCUGUGUCGCCAGCCCCGCGGACGACGGCGCGGGCCCCGGGGGCCGGGGACCCAGGGGCCGCGCGCAGGGAGACGGGGGCGCAGACGAGGCGGUGCCGCGCCACGACUCCUCCUACGGCACCUUCGCGGGGGAGUUCUACGACCUGCGCUACCUGUCCGAGGAGGGUUACCCUUUCCCUACUGCUCCUCCUGUGGAUCCAUUUGCCAAAAUCAAAGUGGAUGACUGUGGAAAAACUAAGGGAUGCUUUAGAUAUGGCAAACCAGGCUGUAAUGCAGAGACCUGUGACUACUUUCUUAGCUAUCGCAUGAUAGGGGCUGAUGUGGAAUUUGAGCUGAGUGCAGACACAGAUGGCUGGGUAGCAGUUGGAUUCUCUUCAGACAAGAAAAUGGGUGGUGACGAUGUCAUGGCCUGUGUUCAUGAUGACAAUGGCAGGGUCCGCAUACAGCACUUCUAUAAUGUAGGCCAGUGGGCAAAGGAGAUUCAAAGAAAUCCUGCCAGAGACGAAGAAGGAGUUUUUGAGAAUAAUCGUGUCACCUGCAGAUUUAAACGCCCUGUGAAUGUUCCCAGAGAUGAAACAAUUGUUGAUCUGCAUUUGAGUUGGUAUUAUCUGUUUGCUUGGGGUCCAGCCAUUCAGGGCUCUAUCACCCGACAUGAUAUAGACUCACCGCCAGCUUCAGAGCGUGUUGUCAGUAUUUACAAGUAUGAAGACAUUUUUAUGCCAUCAGCUGCCUAUCAAACCUUCUCCUCUCCAUUUUGUUUGCUUUUGAUUGUUGCUCUGACCUUCUACUUAUUGAUGGGAACCCCUUAACCACACCUGCAAGGCCAACAGAGUAAAUGGAUCAGAACAUCUUUAGUAUAAAUAUAUUUUUAAAGGAUAUCCAGUAUAAUUUUAGCUUCAAUUAUUUUUUUUUAAAAAAAAACCUCAUAUGAUUUCAGCUUUUUGGAAGAAAGAACAAGCUUCUUUUCUAGUCAAAGAAGAUUGUUAUAUAAUGACCCCAUACUUUUUGGAAAGUACUAAAAAGUUUUCUAAGCACUUUCAAAUAUGUUUUCUUAUUUAAACUUCACAGUAUCUCUGAGUUGGAUUGAUGGAAAUGAUGAUUGUCAUCUUACUGAAUGGGAUUUGAGACACAGAAAGCCUGCCUUUUUAUGACCCAUAUGUCUUGUAGUUUUUGGCUACUUGGUCAAAUAACACAUAACAAGGGACAGAAAGAGCUAGGUAUAGAAAUCAUGUCUUUGAACAGUCUUUACUCUGAGUACUACAGCACAAGAGUAUUUGGAGUAAUACUUGGAGUAUUACUAGGGAGAACUUCACUGAAUGUCACAAGUUCGCAGUCAGCCUUUUGGGCAGAAGAAUUUUGAAAUGUGCAUACAGCAUAAGUGCUUUUGAAUAUUUACACAGCCCAGGGGAAGAAUGGGUAAGAUUAUGAUGGUAUGAAAAUGGUUCAUAUUUACUUGAAAUUUACUCUCAAUUAGUGAGUAUCUAUGAGAAAACAUUUUUUAUUGCUGUCUGUAAAGGUGAGAAGUGGAACUAUGAGUGUUCUGAUAGAUGUAAAAUUGUGUUAAUGAUUAAAAAUAUGGGAAUUCUUAGCAAUUAGAAUUUGAACUCUUUAAAUAUAGUAUUUUAUAAACUAAGGUAUGCAUCUGUGGCUACAGCUAAUUCUGUUGUCAGAGUCAGCAUACAUUAAGUAUAACUAAAUAUGUAUUAUAACAGAUAAAACAUCUUAUUAAAAAUUUAAGGCAUUUUAAUAAUAAACCAAUUUUUGGAGAUUGUAGAGAUUUGAAGUAGAAUUUUUUUUUCUGAGACAGAGUCUCACUUGGUUGUCCAGGCUAGAGUGAGUGCCAUGGCGUCCUAGCUC